UUAUAGUCAAGUUCUGGCCGGCCGUAGCAAGGUUUCCAAUAGUUUCCAUUUCGCGGCAUUUUGUGAUUGAGGUGUGUAGUAGCGUCGGUGCUCUUUGUCAGCUCGGUCAGUUCUAGCGUUCUAGCAGGUGUUUUGUGCACAAGUUACCGGUUGGUAGCGACGAAAUGCCAGGUCGAUGCGACGUCGCGGGCUGCCCUAACGGUCCACGGCGUCUGAACAAGAGCACUAAAAGCUCUGACAGUAAUGUCAACUACCAUGCGGUGCCGUUUGACGAACGUCGACGUUCCCGUUGGUUCAGUUCAGUUCCCAUGCUACAGCGGCAAGGAAAGGAGCCGAUCAGACUACAUGUGUGCUCGCUGCAUUUCCGCCCUGAGGAUUACGAACAUAAUUCUCUCUUAAGGCAGUCAAUGGAAGUGCCUUUCCAAGCGCGACUUCGUCGCAACGCCGUACCGUCAGUAUUUACUUCAUCCCACGAAGAACUUCAGACCACUUCAUUCCAACUGAAACCGAUAGAAAUCAGUGGCAAAAACGCCACCUGUGAAGCACCGUUGCUGCAGGACAAAAGUGUCGUGGCUAACGUUGCCGUUGUGAUCACGGAAGGUGACAUUACCGGCACCUCUAUGGCAGGCAGCGCGGAGACGCUUUCCUCUGGCGCCAAAAGCGCGGAGACGCAGACGGAUUUCCUGCAGAUCCCCACAGAAAGAAUUGGUUAUGGUUACCGCAGCGUCGGAAACGCGAAAGGAGUGCAGGUUAGACCGUUAUCGGGCCCGAGCGUAGGAAUUCAGGUGAACACAACAAUAAAGUUAAUGAGAUCUAAGGCACUUCAAGUGAACAUUUUAAAGGCUUUACAGCAGAUUAAGCGACGCCACAGUACUUGUCAGCCAGAAAACCAGUGAAGCACUGGAGAAGUAUACCAGUAAGGGAGCUCAGCUGCGCUCCCUCAACUGGUGCAUCUCCAGUACUGAGAGAGCCCGACAGGCUUGGCACAACCUAACAGCAGCCCAGAUGUGACAUUUGAGGUCGUCCUGGAGAAACCGAGGUGCCCAGCAGUUGGAUCGUCAUGUAGGGCGUGCAGUACUCCUGGACGCAGCGCCGACGGAAGAACAAGAAGGUAGUUGGC